AAGAGUGAAAUGUAGUUAUUAUUAUUGGAAUAGAGGUUGAGCGUGAAUAAGGUUAAAUUUUGGCAGCAGCGUAAGCGUUCUGUUUCCCCUUUUCCUCUGCAAACAUGUUGUUCUUCUCCUACUUCAAGGAUUUAGUGGGAAGAGAAGUAACCGUGGAGCUGAAGAACGAUUUGGCCAUCAGAGGCACGUUGCAUUCUGUUGAUCAGUACCUCAACAUCAAGCUCGAAAACACUCGCGUUGUCGAUCAAGACAAAUACCCUCACAUGCUUUCUGUAAGAAACUGCUUCAUCAGAGGGUCGGUAGUGAGAUAUGUGCAAUUGCCUCCAGAAGGGGUGGACAUUGAACUAUUGCACGAUGCCACGAGGAGAGAAGCUCGGGGCGGUUAAUGUCGUCAUCUUGUAGUGUAUCUUUUUUUGAGAAUUCGAUAGGCUUCCAUAUGGUUUAUGUUAUCCUUUCUACUACAGAAGGAAAACUUUUUUCAGAUGUUAAGGCUAUGUAACUGUAUUGCUUUUUUUCCUAUGCUUUUGGAAGCUUUGUCCAGUUUUAAUGUGACAAAAUGUUACUGGUGUAACUGCAUUGCUUUUUCCCUCC